UGUGAGGGUGGGACCGGCGGACGCCACCGCCGGCACCGAAGACAUCGCGCCGGUCGCUGCUUUCCCUCCGCACAUCACGGAGCCCGGCAUGGCAACGCCGGGGCCCGCCAAGAACGAGAGGAUUUUCCCGGGGAGGCCCUUGCUCAGUUUAAAAACAAAACCAACCCAAAAAUCAGACCCAGCCCGUUGCUCACCCAGCGUCCAAAGAACGCUCUGAGGGGAGACGGCCAUUUUAUAUAGCGCGCGCGUGGGCGGGGCCUCGGAGAAUCCCACAAAUCAACGGCGCCGGCGCGCGCCCGCCAACCAAUGAAAACGAAGUAAAAGAAAAGGGGCGGUGGCCUAAAAGAGAUUUUAAUAUGGGUGGGGCUCUCGCCACUACAGCCAAUCAGAGCUCGCUCCGCACGGAGCGCGACAAACGGGUCGGGGUUUAGUGACCGGAAGUGCGGUCGGACCGGAAGUGGUGCCGGACCGGAAGUUGCACGAUGGGGAUCGGAGGGAAAAUCAACCGGCCCCGAACGGAGCUGCGUAAGAAGCUCUUCAAGCGGCGGCGGGAGCGGGCGCGGGGCCGGCGGCAAAAGCGGCGGUCGCUGUCGGUGCCCGCGGCUCCGGCCCCGGUGUGGGGGAAGCGGCUGCGGAAGGAGAUGAAGCGGCUGCGGGCGCUGAAGGCGGCGGUGACCGAGGCGAAGAGGCCGCGGGAGGACGCGGGGACGGGGAACGGCGACGUGGAGAUGGCGGAAGGUGGCGGCAGAGUGAGCGUGGGGCCGGCCCGGUGCCAGUCCCGGUGUCCCCCCGGUGCCACCGGUUCACCACGCUGGAACCUUCCCCGAUGCCCCCUCCGUGUCCAUGAGGGGGCCACCAGUUUGUCACCGGUGUCCCCAGUCCUUCUGCAAACGGCCCCCAGUUUGGCACCAGUGCCCCAGGCCUUGCUCCCAGUCCCUCCCAGUCUCUCCCAGUGCCCCAAAUCCCCUUCCCGUUAUCCCCAGUCCUCCCAGAGCCUCAAAUCCCUGCUCCAGUCCCUGUCCCAGUGUCCCCCCAGUCUGCUCCCAGUCUAUUCCCAGCCCCUCCCGGUCCCUCCCAGUCUCUCCCAAUGUCCCCUGGCCUUCCCAGUGUCUCCCAGUCCCUCCCACUCACUGUCCCCAACCCCUCCCAGUGUCCCCAAUUCCCCCCCAACCCCUCCCAGUGUCCCCAAUGUCCCGAAUCCCCAUCCAGUGUCCCCAGUCCCCCCAGUAUCCCAAAUAAAGGGAUCUCUUCUCAUUCUCUGUCCCCGUUUUUGUCCUUGGUGGGGAGGGGUGGCACAGCUCCAGGGGGGGACCCUUUUCACGGUGACACCGCGAGAGGGGCGGAACCAUCGCGCUCAGCCGCGCGGGCGGGUGGGGCACUUCCGGUGCCGGACGCUUUCAGCC